ACAGCAGCAAUACUAAAAUCGCAAUAGUACAAAAAAACAAGGAUUUGGUAUUCUGAUAAAAUAAUCUUUACGGUUAUUACAAAUUCUUGAAGAAAAUGUGUUGAUUUUUUUCAAUUUUCUACUCGAAUUCAAAAAAUGUAUAUACAGUCAUUAGUAUGGGGGACUAUGGCCCUACUUAUCUUCCUCCCACCGAAUUUAGGACAGGAUUCUUCGUCCGAAGAGAGAGAUUUUACAAACUUAAUCGAAGUAGAUUGCAGCAAAUUAAGAAUGGGUCAAUUUCGAUGUAAUGAGACAAUUGAUCCAGCCACGCAACAGUUGAAGGACUGCACGAGAGAUAAUAUUGCCAAAGUAACUUGUGAAGCAGCAGAAGGAUUACGAUGUGCCGAGUCGAAUAGUCGCUAUUUCUUAAAAAAUUUUCCUUGUAAAUGGACGAACGGCUACAAAUACGACGUUGCUCUUCUUUUGUCUGUAUUUUUCGGUUUUCUCGGCGCAGACCGUUUCUACUUGGGUCACGUUGGGAUGGGGGCGUUAAAAUGUUGUACGUUAGGUUUCUUCUUUAUCGGCCAUCUCAUCGAUAUAAUUCUCAUCGCAACUCAGUACACCACACCCAUCGAUGGAUCGCAUUACGUGGUAGGUUAUUACGGGCCAUCAGUCGAAUCAAUUCGGGCUGAUAAUUUAACUUAUGUAGUUAAAAGGCCAGAUUGGUAUUCAUAGUUAAUUUUAAAAAAACGCACAACAAAUCUUGUCGUUUCCAACGGUUUGAAAUUAGUAAUGUGUGUUACCGCAUUUUUAUUCAUGUUUUGUAAGUCGGAAAAGGUAAAGUAUCCAAAUCGUUUAUAUUAAUAUUAUUAUAACUAAUUAUUCGACUGAGUAGAACGUAAUUUAUUAAUCGUAUUUAUAUCAGACAAUUAUUUGCAAUAUGUUUGAUUAUCAUCAUAUAAUAAUUAAGCGAGUACUAUAUUACCGUUUUUCCAAUUAUUGAAAUAAUGUACAAAUUCCAAUGUCGCAAAAUCAUAAUGGACAAUUAAAUAGGACUGAUUCAAGUUUUGAAAGAAAUUAC